CUCUUAAUGAGGAAGUCAGGUGUAUUGAAGAACCCAUGCCUCUUUUGAAGAAGAAUCCAUGCUCCUGUUGUCUGCGUUGUAUCCAGCUCUGAUCUGCAAACAUCCUAUGCCUUAUGGUGCAUUGUUGUUUCACACCAAUCUUUCACCAAUAAACCUGUGGACUAAAGCCUGUCUGCAGAGUCUUGAUGGAGGAGAGGAGUUUAGCUGGCUGUCAAUGAUACAGCUGUAAGGGCAGCACAGCUUUCUCCCACUAGGGGAGUUUUUUACCUGCCAUUGUUUAUGUAAUAAUUGCUCGGGGGUUUAUGUUCUGGGUCUCUGGAAAGCGUCUAGAGACAACUUUUGUUGUAUUAGACGCUAUAUAAAUAAAAUUGAAUUGAAUUGAAUUGAAUCUUGCCAACGUCAGAGACAGGUUAGCGGACUGUCAUCCUCCGGACAUCCCAGGAUGAACCCGGACGGGGCGAACGCGAGCCGCCUGACCGACCAGGAGCUACUGAAACCGGGGAAAGACAACCUGAUCCGGAGGCUCAGGAUUCUGGAGAAACGCAACCUGGAAUUGAUGCUUGAGCGCGGACAUCUGCUGAAGGACGUGAACGGAAGCCUGCAGGUCCACCUGCACGAGAUCUGGAGUUUGAAGGAGGUGAACCAGAAGCUGCAGGAGCACAACCAGGAUCUCCGGGAGCUCUGCUGCUUCCUCGACGACGACCGGCAGAAGGGGCUCCGGGUGUCAAGUUAAAAAAUGAGAGUGAAAGAAGCUUCAAGCGGUGAUGCUUUUUUAAAAAUUUUGUUUGUCUCGGCGCUGCUGAAAAAUCAGCUGGAGCCGUGAGCAGCUAUGAAGAGA